AUGUCACUUGAAAAGUCAUUGAACCACAUAAUUGGGGAAGAGAACUCUUCAAAUGAGAAUCACCGAGUAACUAAAUAUCGCCGUCGGGAUUUGAGAAACAGUUUAGCCAAUAGAAUUGGCAAAGGGAGACUAAGAGGCAAUGAUCUUAACAAUGUCCAAUUUAGACAACCAACAAAGAAAAGAUUAAAAAUAUCCAAAAUUCCGCUAGAUGUUUCUGACUUUGUGAUAGAAGAUAUGUGGAAAGAAUUUGGAGAACCAGCGUACUUCAAUAUUUAUGAUACGAAAGAUGACAGAACUGCAAUGUGCGAGUUUUCGGACCUUGGUAUAAUGGAAAGUAUUGCCAAUAAGUUCAGCUCAAUGGACUUUAACGGUGCCAAGGUCGAGACCGAGAUUUUUGAAUUAAAAGGCCGUCAAGGCAGAAACAGCAACACAAGGGGGUCUCGCGGUAAGCGCGGUAGUCACUAUGAAUCAAAUAGAACUUCAAAAGCCAACACGCAGCCUAAAUUGAAAUCUAAACAACCCACAGCAGAAGAUCUAGAUGCUGAACUAGAGGAAUAUAUGAAUAAUUAA